GAACCGAAUCUUCACCUAUGAAUCUCUCGCGCGACAAUACCGCAAUACAUAAUCCACAAACGAAAACAUUCGAAUCAGCUGUUCUCGUGCAUGAAUCACCUGGGCGUGACUCAAACUUUGACAUUGAACUACCGCGCCACAGAGACGAAGCUUGUCACGCGGUCUACCGCAGAAGUUGAUGGAGGUUAGGUUCAUCGAUAUUGUCAGCCAUAAUAUAAACAAACUGCAAUGAUACAUCAUUGAAUCGCUAUAAAGGGCGAGGGGGCACGGGGCAGAAUGUUGUCGUUUUUACGAAAAAUAUCAGGCGGGAGAAAGAUAAGAGAUGGCAUUCUAACAGGGAACGGAAUGGAGGUUACCGAAAGUUAUCCUAAUCGAGCUGUAGCCUCGCAAGCAGACAUCGAGCUAAAAGAAUCCAUUUAUGAUUUACUUCGAACGAUCAAAGACCCUGAGAAGCCUCAAACUUUGGAACAAUUGGACGUUGUCUACGAAGACUGUGUAGAAAUUUCCAAACAAACACCUGGAGGGGUAUCUGUAAUACGCAUAGAAUUCAAUCCUACAGUUCCCCAUUGUACAUUGGCAACAUUAAUUGGUCUUUGCAUCAGGAUUAAGUUAGAACGGCAAUUAACAGCUCUUUUCAAGUUAGAUAUAUUUAUUAAGAAAGGUGCUCAUUCAACAGAACAAGAAAUAAACAAACAAAUAAACGAUAAAGAACGAAUAGCAGCCGCUAUGGAAAAUCCGAGUUUAAAGGAGUUAGUAGAAAAAUGCAUUCAGGAGGAAGAAUGAGCUUCUGAGUGAUUUUAUGGUGCUUGGGUUACAAUGUACUCUAGAUAGUAUAUUGUAGGGCCUGGAUUAUUUUUAUAUAAUACACAAUUAAUGGACGUUGCAAACUAUAUUGCAGCAGAGAACCAAUUUUAUUUAAAGAUGAGAAACUAUCCUCGUCCAACGUUACAGAAAGUCAUUACGAUUACAUGAUCCGAAGUUUUGUUAUAUUGAUCCAUAAAGUUCAUAUAAUUGUAAAGCAUAUUAUCCUGUAAAGUAUAUAGUAUCAUCUAGGAAACACAUUGGCAAAUAAUAUUGGCAAUAUAUUUUUAGAGCGACGAACCUUGAGUUACCAAUUGACUUAGAGCAAUUAUUCUUUGUUUAGCACCGCAACAAUUAUUUGCCAGUGAUGUGUAUGUACGGAAUUGACUAUAUUUAACUAUAAACAAAUUAUAAAAAGUACGUGCAUG